AUGAACUUCAAGAUUGCGUCGGACCAAAUGGUCAAUGGUUUUAUUCUGCAAGAGAAGACCUUUGCCACAGACUACGCUGAAGCAACGUAUCUCGAUGCGGACAGUCGUAUGAGCGGCCAGGUUUAUCUCCGCUCUCCCGUCCAGCGCCUGAACGAGUCCCUGGCACAGGCCAACCGUCUUGUCAGAGAUGCCAAUUUGAAUACCGCCCUUCGUCGACUUGUGGUGUACUGUGACACGCUAGAGAUACCCGAAAAUGUUGUCGUCGCUCAUGACGACCUAGCCAACGAUAUAGACCUUCGCAUUUUUGCCCGCAAGUUACAGUGCCUCGCCGAUGCUAAAAAUGCCCUCAAAAUGAGUCUAUCGACCACUUGUAUUCUCGAUAUCUUCAGAUAUUCGUUGCCUGCUAGCUUUGGUGUCAACUUCAUUUCGACCGAUGGAUCCUCCAGAUCCAUGUCGCUUUCUUAG